UAUAGUCGCUGCACCGGCUACCGGCGGGACGAGAUGACGUCACAGCGGCGGGACGCACGUAGGCGGAACAGCGCCGCGAGGAGGCGAGUCUAUGAUGACUUCAUGGGGUCAGCCAAAAAUGUGAUAAGUGAAUCUAUUGAUGUAGAGGACAGUUAUAACAUGAUGGCUUCUUUCCAGCGCUCUAAUAGUCACGAUAAGGUCAGAAAAAUUGUGGCCGAGGAGGGGCGCACAGCAAGGAACCUGAUAGCCUGGAGUGUGCCGCUGCAAAGCAAGGAGGAGGAAGGAAAACCAAAAUGGCAAGUGGGAGGAAAAUCUAAGAGAAUAACUCAAGGAGCACACAAAGCUAUUAAACAGAGCACUACAUCAGACUGUAAAAUAGCAUCAACAGCCAGCGAAAAACACUUUGAUAAAAGCCCCACGAAAACGAGGCAGCCUCGGAAAGUGGAUCUCCGAGCCCGGUACUGGGCGUUCCUUUUUGACAAUCUAAGGCGUGCGGUUGAUGAAAUCUACGUCACUUGUGAAUCAGAUCAGAGCGUAGUGGAAUGCAAGGAGGUGCUGAUGAUGCUCGAUAACUACGUCCGAGAUUUCAAGGCUUUGAUUGAUUGGAUACAGCUCCAGGAGAAGCUAGAGAAAGCAGAUGCCCAAAGCAGACCAACUUCGUUAGCAUGGGAAGUAAAGAAGAUGUCUCCAGGACGCCAUGUAAUUCCAAGCCCGUCAAGCGACCGAAUCAGUGUGACCUCCAGCGCUCGCAGGAGUCUAAACUUUGGGGCUCCGCCUGCCACAGUGACGUCGAAUCGUCUGGCUCCGUCGGGUGUAAGUUGGGCAGACAAAGUGAAAGCCAGCCACGCCGCAGCGGUUCCCAGCAGAGAGAUGGCGACAGCGCAAAUGUGUGUGCCCACCCCAGCGCAGAAAUCUUCACGGAGAAAUGAGCAAAGGGACGCUGAAGGGUGGGAAACGGUCCAGCGGGGCAGGCCCGUGAGAUCCAAGUCUUCCACUUUGGCUGCGAAAGCGACGUCCUCCGCAGAGCUAUCACAGUUCAAGGAUGACAGCGACAAAGAAAAUGUAGUUCUUCAUCCAUCAGAGAAGAAACAGAAGGGCUUGUUUACCGAGGACAGCCUAUCAAACCACACUGAACCCAUCCUGAAAGAGCCCUGCUACCAAUGUGAGCACCCUCUUGCUGAAAGGACUCAGUUCACAGCCCGUGUCCUUGAGGACAUCAAGGUCUCUGAAAAGAGCGAUGGUUUGCCAGAUGGUUCUCUACAGUCGCCUCCCGAAGUGCCGGUUGUUCUCGUAGAUUCCGAAUCUCCUUCGAAAAUUCCCCAGGUGGAAGAAGUAGUCUCUGCUGUUUCUAAGAGCGAGGAAGAGAAUCCGACAGAAAAAGCCAAGAUCGACAGCGAGAUGGACCCUGCGGAUAUUUCAAAUUCCAUGGCUGAGGUUCUUGCUAAAAAAGAGGAGUUGGCGGAUCGCCUGGAGAAGGCCAACGAAGAGGCCAUUGCUAGCGCCAUUGCGGAAGAGGAGCAGCUCACCAGGGAGAUUGAAGCGGAGGAGAACAACGACAUCAACCUCGAGACGGACAAUGACAGCGACUUCGCGGCUAGCAUGGGCAGUGGAAGUAUAUCUUUCUGUGGCAUUUCCAUGGACUGGAGUGAUGUCCUGGCAGACUAUGAAGCUCGUGAAUCAUGGCGUCAAAACAACUCUUGGGGCGACAUAGUGGAAGAAGAACCAGCCCGCCCACCGGGCCAUGGAAUACACAUGCAUGAGAAACUCUCUUCGCCCUCACGCAAGAGGACAAUUGCAGAAUCUAAAAAGAAGCUUGAAGAAAAACAGAUGAAGGCUCAACAGCUGAGAGAGAAGUUGCGUGAGGAGAAAACGCUAAAACUCCAGAAAUUAAUGGAACGUGAAAAAGAUGUACGGAAAUGGAAGGAAGAAUUGCUGGACCAGAGACGGAGGAUGAUGGAGGAGAAAUUGCUCCACGCUGAAUUCAAGCGUGAGGUGCAGUUGCAAGCGAUUGUGAAAAAAGCCCAAGAGGAAGAGGCGAAGGUCAAUGAAAUUGCCUUUAUAAAUACUUUGGAGGCCCAGAAUAAGCGCCACGAUGUUUUGUCCAAACUGAAAGAGUAUGAACAGAGGCUCAACGAACUGCAGGAGGAGCGCCAGCGGAGGCAGGAGGAAAAGCAGGCCCGUGACGAAGCGGUCCAGGAACGUAAGAGAGCUUUGGAAGCGGAGCGCCAGGCCCGGGUGGAAGAGCUGCUCAUGAAAAGGAAAGAGCAAGAAGCGCGGAUCGAGCAGCAGCGGCAGGAGAAGGAGCGUGCCCGGGAGGACGCCGCCCGGGAAAGGGCCAGAGACCGAGAAGAGAGGCUCGCCGCCCUGACAGCCGCUCAACAGGAGGCCAUGGAAGAACUGCAGAAAAAGAUCCAGUUGAAGCAUGACGAGAGCAUUCGGAGACACAUGGAGCAAAUCGAGCAAAGGAAAGAGAAAGCGGCUGAGUUGAGCAGCGGGAGGCAUGCGAACACGGACUACGCCCCGAAACUCACACCUUACGAGCGGAAAAAGCAGUGUUCGUUGUGCAGCGUCUUGAUUUCCUCAGAGGUCUUUCUCUUCAGUCAUAUUAAAGGGAAAAAGCAUCAACAAGCAGUGAGAGAAAACAGCAGCAUCCAAGGACGGGAGCUUUCAGAUGAAGAAGUGGAACACCUGUCAUUAAAGAAGUACAUUGUGGAUAUCAUGGUAGAAAGCUCGGUCCCAACAGAGCCCUUAAAAGAUGGGGAGGAGAGGCAGAAAACGAAAAAGAAGGCGAAGAAACUGAAGGCACGGAUGAACUCAAGGGCAAAGGAGUACGAAAGUGCAAUAGAAGCAAAGAACAUCUCCUGUGACUCGCCCUACAAAGCAAAGCUGCAGCGAUUGGUCAAAGAUCUGCUAAAGCAGCUUCAAAUUCAAGACAGCAACAAAGUCUCUGCCCUGGACAGGAUUUUGGGGGAGAUUUCACGUAUUCUGGAAAAAGAGAAUGCAGCCGAUCAGGUGGCGUUCCACGUGGCGGGGGGGUUUACGGCGCUGGAGCAAGUCUUACAAGUUGUGACGUCAUCCGCUGCCAAUCUGAACCCCGUGUCACGGAUCCCUCUGAAGUCACUCUGCAGUACGAUAAACGCUUACCACCUGGCCUGCAGUCACUGCGUGGAAAACUGCACCUACGUUUUGUUCAGCAACAAGGUUUCUUUUUUGAUGGACUUGCUGAUGCACCAGCUAAUGGUUUAUGUUCCAGAUGACCACUCGACCUUAGGAAGAACUGCAAACAAGCAAGUAUUUGAAGGUCUAACAACUGGACUUCUAAGAAUUGUGGCUAUGGUGUUUGGGUGUCUAAUCUCCAGUGUACCUUAUGGAAACAAUCAGAUCUGUGCACCAAAAUUAAUGCAAGAGACAAAGAACAAGACCUCCCAAGUUGAAGUCUUCAACAAUAGGAUACAAGACCUCAUCAGCUACGUGGUGAAUAUUGGAUUAAUUGAAAAGCUGGGUUGCUGUUUCCUCUCCAUCCAAGGCCCAAUUGAUGAAAACCCCAAAAUAGCCACUUUCUUGCAGAAUGCCACGGCAGUAUUGCAUGGAAUGUGCCAGCUGUGUUUUGCGGUCAAUAGCAAGUCCUGGAGCAUAUUUGACGACGCCCGUCAGGAUCCCACGGGGCUGGCAGCGGCUCUCCAGGCUACGGACCUGGUGGGGGUGUUGCACAUGUUGUACUGCAUCCUUUUCCAUGGCACCAUUGCGGACCUGAGCACGGCUAGCCCGAAAGAGAGUUACGCUGAGAAUACCGUCCAAGUGGCUCUUCAGAGUUUGCGCUUCUUCAAUAGUUUUGCUGUUCUUGAUCUGCCGGCAUUCCAGUCUGUUGUGGGCGCUGAAGGGUUGUCCCUUGCAUUCCGGCACAUUAUCAGCUCUUUGUUGUGGCAUUGUUCCCAGCAUACCUGUGAAGCACUACUGCAUGAAGCCAUUGUGUGUGUUGGCUAUUUCACUGUAAACCACCUGGAUAAUCAGGUGAUCAUCCAGUCCGGCCGCCACCCCACCGUCUUGCAGAAGCUCUGCCAGCUGCCCUUCCAGUAUUUCAGCGACGCUCGCCUUGUCAAGGUGCUCUUUCCAACCCUAAUAGCUGCUUGUUACAAUAACCCACAGAACAAGAUAAUUCUGGAGCAGGAGAUGAGUUGUGUCCUACUUGCCACGUUCAUUCAGGAUUUCACACAAAGUUCAAGCCAGACAGAUAACCAGACUUGCCAACAAAGGGAAAAGCUCUUCAGUCCCCAAGAUUACCUGGAGCUCUCUGUCAGGUUCCCACUCCAGACCUGGGAAGAGGCCCGGCAGUUCUUCCUGAAGAAGGAGAAAAAAUGAGGGUUUUGUUGCUGCUGCUGCUGCUGCUGCUGCUGCUGCUGCUGCUGUUUACAUUUUCAAAGCCUCUGACCCUUUUUAACGGUUAGGCAAUUCAUCGCGCUCUUUAAGAAGAUGUUCGAAAGACCCUUUUUGUACUAAAAAUGUAGAUAUUGUAGAUAAAUAUGUAUAGAUAUAUCUAAAAAUAUAAUUUGCACUAUUUCAGUCAGAGGAAUUGUACAUACUUUAAAAGCCUCUUUCGUUGUUUGAAAAUAGGUUUGUUUGUUUGUUUUCCAUUCAUAUAUGCUACACCUGCCUUCCCCAGCCUCUCCCCCUUCUGAUGUGUUGGACUGCAACCCUCAUCAUCCCCAGCUGGGAAUGGUGGGAGUUGUAGUCCCACACAUGCAAGUGGCACCAGGCUGGGGAAGGCUGUGUUACACCCCGGGUCCUUGUACUUCAUACCCUGCGGUGUAGCAUCUGUUGCACUGCAAAGCUGCUGACGCUGCUUCUGAAGGAGGACUGUGGCCAGGGUUGGCUGGGAGGCCCUCCAGCGCAAGCGCCAUGGAAGAGAACGGGUGCUGCGCCAGAGAGCUGUAUUACUCCUGCUCCUGUUCAUUCCAGCGGGGUUUGCGCAAGAGGAUCUCCCAUUGGACUAAAGCCCCGUCUCAUAGUCUAUGUAACUUGUGAUCAAAUAAUUUAUUCUGUUUUUUCGUCUGUUUUGUAUAAGUUUUUAUACAAAAGCUCCUGAUGUGUUCAGUUAGCACAAAAUCCUAAAUGUAUAUAAGAAGCUAUGGAAAUUUAAUCCAAACACUGGGCUGGCCUCCCAGAGUCCCCUCCAGAGGUGUGGGUCUACAACCUGUCCCAUCAUCCCCUGCCAAUGUGACCAGUGGCCGUACUGGCUGUGGGUGUUGGGGGUUAUAGGAUGGGGAAACUGCGCCAGACCAUCGAAGCCCUCUUGGGCGUUGUUUCCAGUUCACUUCAAAUUUUGGAGUCUGUUGCAGAAAAAUAUGUACAUUUUUACAACGGCUGUUCUGAAAAGUCUGUAAGCAUUGAGAGUUUUCACUAAAUUUAUUAAAAGCAAGAUUAC